GAGAGAGCGACGGUGGUGGGUCACGGAGUCUGGUGUGAAGGUGGUGUGAACAGUGAGUGGUUCCCAAUGGUGAAUGACAUUAAUGUUCAUGUGAAGUGAUAGUAAAUGUCAAUCUUACUCAUAGAGAGAGACAGAGGUAGAGAGAAAGUAAGAGAGUGCGAGAGAAUGUAAGAGAGAGAGAGAGAGAAAAAGAGGGUUGCACGAUUUAACGUUCUCAUCAGAUAUUUUCAAAGAAGACCAUGAAGUAAAAUAACACCUGCGAACAACACUAACUGAAGCGCCAUAAGUCAGAAACAUUGGCUGGAACACAAAGGAGCGUGAAGCACAUUAGUAAUAGUAAUAUUCUAGGAAGCCCCCUGGGGUGUGAGCACAUAGUAUGUACUCCGUGUUUAACAGCUCCUUCGCAAAGUGUCAACUAAAAUAAAUGCAGUAAAUAAAACAGGGCUCUUCCCCCUUGAGAACACUUGCGGUAUUACGUCUUCACCGAACACAUUAUGUAGAAAAUAACCCCCAGAAAUAAUAUGAGAGGAAGUGGACGAAUGGUAGACGGGGCGCUGCCCGCCAUCCUUGUUCAUGACGACCCAAGGCCUCGAAGUCUCGGAGAUCCAGAGGUCCGCCCGGUCUCACAGAACUCUCCUGGCCAAUUGGACCCACAAAACCAUAGAGACCCGUUGGUCCUAGGAGGGCUGUGUGAAGCGGGGAAUAUUCAAAUUUUGCAGGACUCUGUAAAGUCUCAGAAAACAAACGAUUUAGAGGACUCUCAGAAGAGAGAAGGCCUAGAUCGAAAGACGCCAGAUUUUCAAGAAUUUGUUAACCCCCAAGUGUCCGGGAACACUCGUGAUGUGGAGUGUUCACAGAGCCUGGAGACUCUUCCAAGUGACUCUAGAAAUAACCAGCAUGUAGACUGCAGAGAAAUUCCUUGGCAUCCACAGAAAGCCGGAAACCUGCACAGCUAUACAGACCUCUCUCAUCAAAAUUACUUACUGAGUGCAAUUGGAGAAUCAGAGACUUCGCAGAAGGGAGUAAAAGAAUCAAAUGCACCAGAGGCCAAUGAGGAAUUAGCUGAAUCAAGUGCCAAGAAGGACUUUAAACCAACAAAGAAUCAGAAGGAAGAAUUAACAGAAACAAAUGAUCCAAAGGAGGAACUAAUAAAAUCAGAUACUCUUAAGAAGGAAUUAGAUGAAACAGAGACUAAAAAGGAGGCAUUGAAAGAGCCGGAGACAUCAAAGAAGGAAAUAGAAAAACUAGAGAUUUUCAAGGAUAAGCUAAAAACAUCAGAGGAUUGGACAGAGGAGCUAGAAGAACGUGAAAAUUACAAGAAGGUACUUGGGAAAUCACAGAUUGAGAAACCUGAAGAAUCAGAGGCUUCCGACGAGAGACCUGAAAAGUCAGAGGCUUCCGAUGAGGGACCUGGAAAGUCAGAGGCUUCCAAGGAGAGACCUGAAGAGCUAGAAGUUUCCAAGGAGAGACGAGAAGAGCCAGAAGCUUCUAAAGAGAGACCUGAAGAGCCAGAGGUUUCCAAGGAGAGACUUGAAGAGCCAGAAGCUUCCAAGGAGAGACCCGAAGAGCCAGAGGCUUCCAAGGAGAGAUCUGAAGAGCCAGAGGCUUCCAAGGAUAGACCUGAAGAGCUAGAGGUUUUCAAGGAGAGACCUGAAGAGCCAGAGGCUUCUAAAGAGAGACCUGCAGAGCCAGGGGUUUCCAAGGAGAGACCUGAAGCGCCAGAGGUUUCCAAGAAGAGACCUGAGAAGCCAGAGGCUUCCGACGAGAGACAUGAAGAACCAGAGGCUUCCAAUGGCAGACAUAAACAACCAGAGGCGUCCAAUGACAGACAUAAACAACCAGAGGCUUCCAGUGAGAUACAUGAAGAACCAGAGGCUUCCGAUAAGAGACAUGAACCGGAGGCCUCCGAUGACAGACACGAAGAACCAGAGGCUUCCGAGGAGAGACAUGAACCGGAGGCUUCCGAUGACAGACACGAAGAACCAGAGGCUUCCGAGGAGAGACAUGAACCGGAGGCUUCCGAUGACAGACACGAAGAACCAGAGGUUUCCGAGGAGAGACAUGAACCGGAGGCUUCCAAUGACAGACACGAAGAACCAGAGGCUUCCGAUGAGAGACAUGAACCGGAGGCUUCCGAUGAAAGACAUGAACCGGAGGCUUCCGAUGACAGACACGAAGGACCAGAUAUUUCCGAUGAGAGAUAUGAACCAGAGGCUUCCGAGGAGAGACAUGAAGAACCAGAGGCUUCCAAGGAUGAACCUGAGGAGCAAGGAUAUUCUAAGGAGGGAUCUGAAAAAUAUGACGCUUACACUGAAGAACCUGAAAUGCGUGAGGCUCUUAGUGAACAAGUUGAAGAGUCGGUGGCUGGUACGGAAAGAGGUGAAGAACGAGAAGUUUCCAAGGAAAACAACGGUAAGCCACAGGCUUUCAGAGUGGAAACUAACGAAACAAAGAACUCUGAGAAAGAAUGUGAAGAACCGAAGGCUUCUGAGGAGUGUCCUGAAGAGCCAGAGGCUUCUGAAAUAAGACUGGAAGAACCAGAUAUAUUUAAAGAGAGAAAUGGAACUCCAUAUGCUUUAAAUGAGCGCCUCAAAGAGCCAGAUCCAAAAGAGGAACAAGAGGAGCCAGAGGCUUUUAAGAAGGGAUCUGAAAAAAUAGAGGCUCCUAUUGAGGAACAUGAAAGGUCAGAGGCCUCGAAGGAAAGGCCUGAAGAACCAGUGGCGUCCAUGAAGGAAUCUGAGGAGACACAGAGUUCCAAGGCGGAACCGAGGAAACCAGAGGAUUGGUUAGAGAAGCCAUCUGAACAACCAGAGGCUUCCAUGGAGAUACCAAAGGAGUCAGAGACGUUCAAAGAGAUCAAUGUAGAACUAGAUACUUGCAAGGAAGGAGCCAGGGAGUCAGACGCUUCUAAGGAGAGACAUGACGGGUCAGAAUCAUUCAAGGACGGACUUGAAAACCCAGAAACUUUCAAGGAGGGCCCUGAAACACCAGAAUCUUUUAAGAACGGGCCUGAAGAACCAGAAACUUUCAAGGAGGGCCCUGAAACACCAGAAUCUUUUAAGAACGGGCCUGAAGAACCAGAAACUUUCAAGGAGGGCCCUGAAACACCAGAAUCUUUUAAGAACGGGCCUGAAGAACCAGAAACUUUCAAGGAGGAACCUGAAACACCAGAAGCUUUUAAGGACGGACCUGAAGGGCCAAAAAUGCUCAAGGAGGGACCAGAACAGCCGCCAGAAACUUUUAAGAACGGACCUGAUGACCCAAAAAUGUUUAAGGAGGGACUUAAAGUACCAGAAGGUCUUAAAGACGGACCUGAAGAGCCAGAAAUUUCUAAGGAAGGACUUGAAGCACCAGACGCUUUCAAGGAUAGACCUGAUGAGUUUAAGGUAACGAUGGAGGAACAAGAACAAGUAACCUCACAAGUCGACCUAAACAAGUCACAAGCACCGAAGAAAGAACAAGAACCAGAAACUUCAAGAGUAGACCCGGAGGAACUCCAGGCACGGAAGGAAGACUCAAGAACGGAAACAGGAGCUACAGUGGAGGAACCAGAGCCUAAUGGAGCGAAACCAAGGGCCAAAAUGGAAGAACACGAAGAACCGGAGGCCUCGAAGGAAGGACUUGGAGAAUGGAAGACCGUAAAGAAGCAUCACGGAGAACCGGACUCCCCGAAGGAGGAAGCCAAUGCACUUCAAGAGAGAGUAAAUGAGCCCAUGGACCUUGCAUCAUGGGUGUGGCAGUGGGCGGAAGAAGACGAAGAGGAGGACCCUUGGCUGUGGACAGCGACCUACGAGACCUAUGUCAACGCUCUUCUGGCGGACCUUCAGAACAGCAUCACGCCCACAACGUCCGCUCCCACUACGCCCCACCCGGCCCACAACGGCGCCGCCCACACGCCCACGGCCUCCCACACGCCCACGGCCUCCCACACGCCCACCGCCGCCCACAACAACAGCUACAAUGGCCAUGAUAUGUACCACCAAGAGAGGGUAGAGGAGGUGCGGACCGAGCAACAGAGGUCGUCUGGUGGAGGCAAGAAGUCCUCCCUCAACAACAACCUAUCCGAGCUUGAUACUUUGCUUCAGGAUCUUAAUAAUGCUCGAUACACUGGAAACUUCAAAGAGCCCGGGACACCCACCAACGGCACGGUCAACGGGUCGCGCCCCACCGUCGACUCUCUCCUCGAUGAACUCAACAGUGUCGACACCAAUCAUGAUGUGGUGGAGCAGCGGACGGUACAUCGCGAGUUCCGGACUACCCACCAAACGCUGCCCUCACCACCCCCGCAGCAGCAGCCGCAGCCGCAGAUCGCCAUGAGGCCGCAGCCGCAGCCGUCAGCCUCCUCUGCCACCAAGGAGCUGGACGACCUGAUGGCGUCCCUGAGCGACUUCAAGAAAUGUGAUGUUUCGGAGAUAGAGAAGCAGGUGUUGACGGCCGGAACAGUCUCCAGUCGUGUCAUAACACCGUCAAAGGGAACAGCAGCAGUAGCACCAAGAGAAGACUCGUCUCUAGGGGUGAGAGGGGGAGCUGCGCCCCCACGCCCACCAGCCCCUGCCGAUGCCGACGUGAUGACCGUCCCCCCACCACGGCCCCCAGCACCCUGGGCCUAUUCGGUGUCACCGCCGCCACCGGAGGCCUAUAUUUACGGACUGCCACUGGUGUCAGUGGUGCCGGCGUCAGUGUACGGCGUGCCGCGGGUAGGUGGCGGCCUUGUGGUUCGCCGCAUACACAUAGUCAAUAGUCCCGCCGACGACCCAUUCAACCGACCCCCUUCUGGAGGUCCCGUCAAGCGCAACGACGCAGAGUACCGGUGGGUGACGGACGAGACCAAGUACGAAGUGAGGGAGGUGGUAGAGUUCCCCUGUGUCACCGACCGAAUCAACGCCAGCAGCCUCCAGACGCAGGUAGACUCUGCGUACGCCAAGCCGCAGAAGCCGGCCAAGAGCCCCUCGCCUCCCGCCCCAGCAGCCCCCGCGCCUUUCUUCUCGGCGGCACCCGCGCCCUCGCCGCCCAAGGAGCCCACGCCCACCCCGCCCCCGGUCAACCAGCUGGAUUGUAUGCUCGGCUCCCUGGCUUCCCACAUGACGGAGCAGGGCAUCACCACCACGCAGAAGGGCUGCUGUUGCGCCUGCGACAAGCCCAUCGUCGGCCAGGUGAUCACGGCCCUGGGCAAGACCUGGCACCCCGAGCACUUCACCUGCUCCCACUGCAACCAGGAGCUGGGCACCCGCAACUUCUUCGAGCGCGACGGCAAGCCGUACUGCGAACCCGACUACCACAACCUCUUCUCCCCCCGCUGUGCCUACUGCAACGGCCCCAUCCUUGACAAAUGUGUGACGGCGCUGGACAAGACGUGGCACCCGGAGCACUUCUUCUGCACCCAGUGCGGCAACACCUUCGGAGAGGACGGCUUCCACGAGAAGGACGGCAAGCCCUACUGCCGGGACGACUACUUCAACAUGUUCGCGCCCAAGUGUGGCGGCUGCAACUCCCCCAUCAUGGAGAACUACAUCUCCGCCCUCAACGCUCAGUGGCAUCCAGAGUGUUUCGUCUGCAGGGACUGCCGGCAACCAUUCAACGGAGGGUCAUUCUUCGACCACGAGGGUAUGCCAUACUGCGAGACCCACUACCAUGCCAAGAGGGGAUCCCUGUGUGCAGGCUGCAGCAAGCCUAUUACUGGUCGAUGCAUCACAGCCAUGUUUCGGAAAUACCACCCAGAACAUUUUGUCUGUUCUUUCUGCUUGAAGCAACUGAACAAGGGUACCUUCAAGGAACAAAACGACAAACCGUACUGCCAUGGAUGCUUCGACAAGCUUUUUGGUUAAAUGUGGAGUUGUACUCUUCAAGAUAUUUUCAUUAUUGCCUUCUUUUGAAUAGAAAGAACUUGAGGAAUAGAUUAAGUGUGUUUCAAGGUAUAAUGAGAAGACAUUAUCAGACUCAAAUAGCAGAAUUGUUGGACAGAGUAAAAAGACGUACAAAGGGAAAACAAAGAAAAUUGUAUAUAUAUUCUAAGAAAAGAAAACAUAUCUUUCCAAAAACUUUGAUUAUUCCUUUAAUAAUAGAUAAUAGAGGCAGUGAAGUAGGGGAAAUAUUUCAUGGUAUAUUAGCAAUAGAAAAAAGCAAGCAGUUUUAUCCAUCUUUCAUGAACUUUGUAUGGUAUCCAGCAUAUAGACCAUUCUUUGUAGGUAUUCACUCAUAUAUCAUGGAUAAAUCUUAUUUCUCAUUUAAAUAUCAGAAGCUUAUAUCUUUUCAAGUGUUGUAUAUUGGUUUUGUAUUUUCGUACCGUAAUAAACCGAAAAUAUGUUUUAGAUCUUUGGUGUUAAGAGCUGGAAAUGGUAAAAUAAUUACUUAUUCUGCUGUGAAGAAAUUGCUUGUUGUUAAUGCUUAUUCAAAGCAUGCUCAUUGUAAUCUAAUAUGAUGUCCAUACUGUUUACAUAGUUAUAAAGUUUUGCACUUUAUAAAACCAUAAUAUAGUAUAUUCUUUAAAGUUUUUAUGGUGAAUCUUUUUUUUUAACAUUUUUUGCUAAUACUGUAUUUUACAGUGAUGGUCACUGAGAGAUUAUGUCUUUAAUGUUUUGAAGGUGCCCCAAUUUGUCUUUUUUUGUGCUUCAUUUUAUUAAUGUUGUGGCUACUUGCAAUACAUGGCCCUAUCUUCAUCGGUUAUCUCAUGCUUAAAGCACAUUAUUAAGUGGGUUUUGAGUUGGUAUUUUAUGGUGCUCAGCUUCUUAUACAUACAUUUUUACUGUAUACAGUAUAUUAUAUAUGCUAUAUAUUAUAUAUAUGUUAUAUAUUAUACAUAUAUAAUAUGUAUAUUAUAUUGGAGGAUGUUGAUCUGGAAAAUUUCUUCAGAAGGAAUUUACUCAGAUGUAACAUAGAUGUAACACAAUCAAAAGGUCAAAGGUUAGAUAUAACACAAACAAGGAGCAACGAUUUUAAGGUCAACAAGCCUUAAUGUAGGACAGAGAACAGAACAUGCUUUUUCACCCAUAGGCAUGAAAUUCCAAACCCAUAGAACCACCUACCCACCAAAGCCAUAAAUGCCAAAACUGUGUUAAGUUUUCAAAUCUACAUGGGAAAAGAUCAUCAUGGCAAAUGGGGGGGGGGGGGAGGCCUUUUGACAAGUCACCGGCUUUCUGUCCUCCUCUAGGCCUCUAGGGUUAGUGGCACUCGGGUAAAUCAAGUAAAUAUAUAGCAUAUUAUAAUAAUCUCUAUAAUCUGCAUAAACUGCAAAUCAUUAUGAUUUUUGCAGUGCUUUAACUUACAAGCGUUAGAUAAUAUAAAGAAAUAAAAUUCAUGUUGUCAGUGUAAUAUAAAGGCCAAAAGAAUUAUAUAAUAAUUGAGAGAAUGUACAACAUGGUAGAAACGCUUAUUAAUCAUGUUAAAGUACAAUAGAAAGUUCUCUAUUAAUACUCAUUUAUAUGUAUAGUUCAUGAAUGCAUAUUUAUUUUGAGCUCCACAGUAUUGUUUAAUUUUGAUUAAAUAAAGGUUAUUUUAUUUUAUGAGUAAAUUAUGCAAUUUUUUUAUGAAUACCAUUAUUUUUAAAUGCUCAAAAUUUAUCAGUGACCAUUGUCAAGGUACCAUGUACUGUAUUUGUAAACCAUUUAAAUCCUGAUGUAAUAAUCAAUAGCAAGUUCAAUCUACAAUUUUAGCUUGCCUGAGUUUCAGGUUUGGGCACAAAUACAAUCUUCAGCUGGCAACAGGUUAAAGAGAAGUACUGUAAUUUUACUUCUUACAUUCUGACCCUCAAAUUCUUGGGUACCCCAGCCAUGUGAAGAUUAAAUUAAUGUUUCUUAUUGCUGGAUGUUGAGGAAGGCAAACAUGUUGCGAUUUGUUACAACAAACAUCUGCAUGCAGAGGACUGUGUUCGUUAGUGAUUUUGAUCAUUGGUUGCAACCAUCACUUGCUUUGUCAAGUUUUUGUAAUAUGUAUCUAGCUGGGUUCUCUCUGUUUCUGAUAUUAUAAUAAUUAGUUUUACUGUAGUUAUGUACUGUAUAUUAAUCCUUGUGAUUUCUCUGAUGGGUAUAUUAUUUGCACAUGUUCUUACGUGAAGUAAAAUUUAUUUAUUUAAAUGCAUUAAUGACUUUUGUUGGUCUUGAAUUUUGGCCAUCAUGAGUUGCAAGUCAGUUUUAUAACUGUAUUUAGUUAUUUAAUUUUUUAGACUAUUUGAUUAGCUAGAAUUUAUCUGCCUAGUAACCUAUCAGGUAACUUGAUGCUCCUGAUCAAAUAAGAGCUGUUUAGCUUUCUUAAUUAUUUACACUGUUUUUGUCAGAUCAGGAUUUUGCUCGGAUGGAGUCAUAUGUAGAAUAUGAAACUAACCUAGUCUAAUUUUACAUAUAAUCUCCAAAUUGUGAGAUGGCACAAAUUAUACUAAAUUAAAAAAUUCAAAGACAGCUCUUGCUCCUCAUGUGUACCCAAUUUAAGUACUGUAAUUUCAUAGUCAUCACUUCUUUGCUGACUUGUUUUUAAUAAAUGAUUAUUUUGUGCUUUAACAUUUUUUGUUUAUAUGAAUAUUACAAAGGGUUGUUAAAGCUUCAACUUCAUGAUUGUAGCUUGCCAAAAUGCCAGCUGUCUUAAAUGUGUUUUCUGAAACAUGUUUUGACAUUUAUACUGUGGAUUUUAGUGAAAGGACAGUUGACAGAUACAAGGCAGGCAGGGUGCUUACAGUGUGACACUGAUAAUGAAGUAUCUCUUAAUUGUAACCAGAAUUAGGUUAUGGGAUGCAACUAGUGAAGACAAUCAUGAUACAUACAUCUGGCUGUUUAUUACAUAUACAUAUUAACUUCUCCAGGUGCAUUAUAAUCUACAGCAUCAGUCAGCAUUGCUAUGCCAUGUUCACCUAUACUAAGUAAAUAAAGCAGGUUCUCCA